UAUGAAGAUGAAAGAGGUGUUUACGACAAUGGAACAGGAUUAGAAGAUAUCGAACCAAGUCAGCCCGAUUCAAGAAAACUCACCCAGCCUCAUGCGGAAUACAUGGAUCUCAUAGAAGCCAACAAAGAUGAUAGAAAAGCACAAAGAACAGCUCCAGGUGCUGAUUACGUGCCUCUUCAUCCGUUAACACGCUGCUGGGAAGUUCCAAGACAUCACGUGACCAUAGAAAAAAUCAUUGGUAAAGGUGCUUUUGGUCAGGUUGCCAAGGGAACAGCAGUAGGACUUCGAGGGAGUCCUGAAACGACCACAGUGGCUAUUAAAAUGCUGAAAGCAAACGCUACUGAAUCGGACAAGAGAGAUCUGAUGAAAGAACUUGACACAAUGAAGCAGCUGAAACCACAUCCUUACGUCAUUAAACUUCUGGGAUGUGUUACUGAAUCCGAACCACUGUUGGUUUUGAUUGAAUAUGUGCCUUUUGGGGAUCUGCUGGGUUAUCUGAGAAAGAGCCGUGGAUUAAAAGACACUUAUUACAAAGACCCGGAUAUCAAACCACAAACAAAUCUGACGUCACAGCAGCUGAUGAAGUUUGCUUGGCAAAUUGCUGAUGGAAUGAGUUACUUGUCCUCAAAAUCUAUCAUUCACCGAGACCUUGCGGCCCGCAAUGUGUUGGUUGGACAAAAGGAAACGUGUAAAGUGACAGACUUCGGAAUGGCCAGAGAUGUGCAGCAAGAAAAUAUUUAUGAACGAAAGACUAAGGGCCGUCUUCCCGUGAAGUGGACAGCUUAUGAGGCCUUAUUGUAUGGUAAAUAUACUACCAAAAGUGACGUAUGGAGUUAUGGAGUUUUGCUGUACGAGAUUUUUACCGUAGGCGGUUCACCUUACCCACGAAUGGAUGGAAGAAAAAUUGCCAACGUACUUCAGGAUGGAUACAGGAUGCCUAAACCACAACACGUCGAUGAAAAAUUGUAUCAGAUCAUGAUGAAAUGCUGGAAGAAUGACCCAGACGCAAGACCAACUUUCACUGAAUUGAAAAAUCAGCUUAAGGACAUGGAAACCCUACACAAGAAGCUGAUCAACAUGACAAUGUACGACGAGCAGCUGUAUGCAAACGUCGAAGAUUUAAUGGUGUAGUUAGAUACACGUCCAC